AUGGAACCAAUCGUUAAUGAAAAAGUAUGGAUUAUCACUGGAGCUACUACAGGUUUCGGUUUCAUCUUGGUUGAAAAGUUACUCACUCUCGGUCACAAAGUAACUGCCACCACCAGAAACAAAGAUAAGCUCAACCAAAAGGUCACCGAACAAUUCAAGGAGAAGCCAGAGGUCUUACAAAGAUUCUUGGCUUGUCAAGUCGAUCUCUCAGAUCUCAAGUCAAUCGAAGCUUGUAUUACCCAAACCGUCGAGAAGUUUGGUCGUCUCGAUAAUCUCGUCAAUAACGCCGGUUACUUCACCUUUGGUUUGGUAGAAGAAAUCUCCGACAAGGAGUUCAGAGAGAACUUAGAGGUAAACUUUUUCGGUCCAGUCAAUUUCGCCAAGUUGGCUUUGCCACACCUCAGAGAGUCAGCCAAGACCAACACCACUGGUCCAAGAAUCCUCAACAUUUCUUCUAUGUUGGGUAUUUGGGGUGAACUUCCAGGUUUUGUUUCCUAUGUUUCCAGUAAGUUUGCACUCGAUGGUUUCUCUGAAGUCUUACAUGGUGAACUCAAACCAUUGAACAUUCACGUUACCAGUGUCAAGCCAGGUGGUUUCAAGACUGAAAUUCUCAUGGCUGAACCAAAUAUUUCUGCUUUCCACCCACAUCCAAGUGGUGCCUAUCCAAAUAUCAACGAGGAGUACUGCAGAGGUUUGAUGGUUUCAUUGCAAAAGGGUGAUCCAUCGAAGCUCUGUGAUAUCUUGAUCAAUCAAUGCAAUCUUCCAAACCCACCAUUACAUUUGAUGAUUGGAGCUGAUGCCUAUGACAUCGCAAACAAGAAGAUGAAGAGAGUUGCCGAUGAAAUGGAGCAAUUCCGUGCUGAAGCUACUGCUACCGAUCUUGCUUAA